UCUAUGUUGAGGUUUCAAACAAGUUUCAAAAUUAUAUAAAAGGAGCUGGAAAAAUAGUCCCAAGUCAGUUAUUCAUAUAACGCGUUGAAUUCAACAACAGAUAAAGGAUAACCUACGAUUUUAUCAAGCAAGUAGUGGUCAAAUAAUACGAUGAUAUUGAACUUUUGGCAGUUAAAAAUAGCUGCCUUGUUAUUGAUUAUCGGGUCGAGUAUCACUUGUGGUCAUCUUGACCAACGAAACUGUGAUCAAGAACUUUGUUCUGAUAAACGUUUCGAUUUGAAAAGUUUUGGCCGUUUAAAUUCCGUACUAGAGUCUCGUUGUGUUUCUGAUUCAAUAAAAGAAAAAUUCACCACCGAACCUGAAAACGAAACCAUAUGUAAAACGAAUCAAAAUGUUAUGUCACGUAGAAUAAACCAACGUGUAUAUUCGGUUAAUUUGAAUUUAAAGCCUAACCAAAAUGUGUAUGGAAAGUCCAAGUCUGCAAGCCACCGGUUAAACAACAUAGAAAUCAAUAACAAGCAGAAAAUCCAACGCAGAGUAAGUGGAGGCGAAAUAUUUCGAAAUAAUAACGCACGAAAAAAUCUCUCUCGAUUGUUAAACGAAAGAGUAAGAGUAGAGUAUGCUUAUAAUUUAAGGCAAAAAACAUCACACAUUAAUGACAAUCGAGAGGACUCCCGAUAUACUGACGGCUCUUAUCAAUUUACCAGAGAAGCAAAUUCCGAUCGAGAAUUAUCUGUGCGUACUGAGGAGCGCGAUAACCGAAACAGAUUAACUGAAUACGAAAAUAAAAUGCAGGAGCAAUCACGUCGUAAUAAUAACCGAGAAGAAUCUCGACGUACUGAUGAACGCGAUAAUGAACUUCAAAUAACUGAACUAGAGGACUUAAGACAAGAGCAAUCACGUGGUAAUGAUGUUCGAGAAAAAUCUCGACGUACUGACGAACGCGAUAAUCAACUCCGAAUAACUGAACGAGAGGACUCAAGGCAAGAGAAAUCACGUCGUAAUGAUGAUCGAGAAUCUCGACGUACUGAUGAACGCGACAACCUCCGUAGAUUAACUAAACGAGAGCAUUUAAGGCGAGAGCAAUCACGUCGUAAUGAUGAUCGAGAAGAAACUCGACGUACUGAUAAACGCGACAACCUCCGUAGAUUAACUGAACGAGAGGAUUUAAAGCGAGAGCAAUCACAUCGUAAUGAUGAUCGAGAAGAAUCUCGACGUACUGAUGAACGCGAUAAUCAACUCAGAAUAACUGAACGAGAGGACUCAAGGCAAGAAAAAUCACGUCGUAAUGAUGAUCGAGAAGAAACUCGACGUACUGAUGAACGCGACAACCUCCGUAGAUUAACUGAACGACAGGAUUUAAGGCGAGAGCAAUCACGUCGUAAUGAUGACCGAGAAGAAUCUCGACGUACUGAUGAACGCGACAACCUCCGUAGAUUAACUGAACGAGAGGAUUUAAGGCGAGAGCAAUCACGUGGUAAUGAUGAUCGAGAAGAAUCUCGACGUACUGAUGAACGCGACAAUCUGCGCCGAUUAACUGAACGAGAGAAUUUAAGACGAGAGCAAUCACGUCGUAAUGAUGAUCGCGAAGAAUCUCGACGUACUGAUGAACGCGACAACCUCCGCAGAUUAACUGAACGAGAGGAUUUAAGGCGCGAGAAAUCACGUCGUAAUGAUGGUCGAGAAGAAUCUGGACGUACUGAUGAACGCGACAACCUCCGUAGAUUAACUGAACGAGAGGAUUUAAGGCGAGAGCAAUCACGUGGUAAUGAUGAUCGAGAAGAAACUCGACGUACUGAUAAACGCGAUAAUCAACUCAGAAUAACUGAACGAGAGGAUUUAAAGCGAGAGCAAUCUCUUCGUAUUGAUGACCGAGAAGAAUCUCGACGUACUGAUGAACGCGACAACCUCCGUAGAUUAACUGAACGAGAGGAUUCAAGGCGAGAGCAAUCUCUUCGUAUUGAUGACCGAGAAGAAUCUCGACGUACUGAUGAACGCGACAACCUCCGUAGAUUAACUGAACGAGAGGAUUUAAGGCGAGAGCAAUCACGUCGUAAUGAUGACCGAGAAGAAUCUCGACGUACUGAUGAACGCGACAACCUCCGUAGAUUAACUAAACGAGAGGAUUUAAGGCGAGAGCAAUCACGUCGUAAUGAUGAUCGAGAAGAAACUCGACGUACUGAUGAAUGCGAUAAUCAACUCCGAAUAACUGAACGAGAGGACUCAAGGCAAGAGAAAUCACGUCGUAAUGAUGAUCGAGAAGAAACUCGACGUACUGAUAAACGCGAUAAUCAACUCAGAAUAACUGAACGAGAGGAUUUAAAGCGAGAGCAAUCUCUUCGUAUUGAUGACCGAGAAGAAUCUCGACGUACUGAUGAACGCGACAACCUCCGUAGAUUAACUGAACGAGAGGAUUUAAGGCGCGAGAAAUCACGUCGUAAUGAUGACCGAGAAGAAUCUCGACGUACUGAUGAACGCGACAACCUCCGUAGAUUAACUGAACGAGAGGAUUUAAGGCGAGAGCAAUCUCUUCGUAAUGAUGACCGAGAAGAAUCUCGACGUACUGAUGAACGCGACAACCUCCGUAGAUUAACUGAACGAGAGGAUUUAAGGCGAGAGAAAUCACGUCGUAAUAAUGACCGAGAAGAAUCUCGACGUACUGAUGAACGCGACAACCUCCGCAGAUUAACUGAACGAGAGGAUUUAAGACGAGAGCAAUCACGUCGUAAUGAUGACCGAGAAGAAUCUCGACGUACUGAUGAACAGCAAUCACGUCGUAAUGAUGACCGAGAAGAAACUCGACGUACUGAUAAACGCGACAAUCAACGCCGAAUAACUGAACGAGAGGAUUUAAGGCGAGAGCAAUCACGUCGUAAUGAUGACCGAGAAGAAUCUCGACGUACUGAUGAACGCGACAACCUCCGUAGAUUAACUGAACGAGAGGAUUUAAGGCGAGAGCCAUCACGUCGUAAUGAUGAUCGAGAAGAAAGUCGACGUACUGAUAAACGCGAUAAUCAACUCCGAAUAACUGAACGAGAGGAUUUAAGGCGAGAGCAAUCACGUCGUAAUGAUGACCGAGAAGAAUCUCGACGUACUGAUGAACGCGACCACCUCCGUAGAUUAACUGAACGAGAGGAUUUAAGGCGAGAGCAAUCUCUUCGUAAUGAUGAUCGAGAAGAAAGUCGACGUACUGAUGAACGCGAUAAUCAACUCCGAAUAACUGAACGAGAGGAUUUAAGGCGAGACCAAUCACGUCGUAAUGAUGAUCGAGAAGAAUCUCGACGUACUGACGAACGCGACAACCUUCGUAGAUUAACUGAACGAGAGGAUUUGAGGCGAGAGCAAUCUCUUCGUAAUGAUGAUCGAGAAGAAAGUCGACGUUCUGAUGAACGUGACAAUCUGCGCCGAUUAACUGAACGAGAGGAUUUGACAAGAGAGCAAUCACGUCGUAAUGAUGACCGAGAAGAAUCUCGACAUACUGACGAACGCGAUAAUCAACUCCGAAUAACUGAACGAGAGGAUUUAAGGCGAGAGCAAUCACGUCGUAAUGAUGAUCGAGAAGAAUCUCGACGUAUUGAUGAACGCGACAAUCUACGCCGAUUAACUGAACGAGAGGAUUUAAGGCGAGAGCAAUCACGUCGUAAUGAUGACCGAGAAGAAUCUCGACGUACUGAUGAACGCGACAACCUCCGUAGAUCAACUGAACGAGAGGAUUUAAGUGCAUAUGCGCAAAAUAAUGCACGUAUCCAAGACUGCGUGUAA